AUGUUCUGUUCAGCAGAAAAAAAGGAACCGGGGAGGAAGUUGAAAAUCAUACUUAUGUUCACCAAGCAGCGGCAACUGAUAAGUCUCAGGUUCAGUGCUGGAUCAACUGCCGUCGAAUUUGGAUCGUCCUCGGUUGAGUACAUUUUGUGUUUUUGCUGCUGCUGCUGCUGCUGUGUGAUUUAGUUCUUGUGAUACAUAGAUUAACUAUAAUGCGGAACAAAUAUUUCGGCAAAGACUGUGCCGAUAUGGAUAAAAGUUGCAUAAUCAUCGAUCUGUGCGACAUACAAAGCGUAAAAUCCGAAGCACUGUCGGGUACUUUACCUUUGGAAAAUCUGGAUGAAGAAAUUGCGAUGCAGAGUAUUACCACAACCCAGUUAACGAAGGAGGAAAAAGAUGUCAAGAAGAAACGUAUUGAGCAGUGGGUGGAUGAGCUGGCGGGUACAAGCGAAAAACCACUGCCGAAUCUAGAGGAAUCUGUCGGAACGGUCGAACCGGAAGUGAUCAAUUCGGAACCGGUGGCAGGGCAGAGUUUAAACAUUUCCAGCGCGAGGACUUUACUGCCACCCGAAGUAGUGAAUCUUAAAGAAACAGAAUGUUUCGUUAAAUUUAUUAACUAUUUGGCGAUUUAUGCUUUAAACAAAGUCAGUGAAAUUGAUUUACGUGUUAAAAUGUUAAACAUUACACACAACGAUCUCGAUCCACAAUUGAACUAUAGACUUUCCGUUGGUUUUGAGUUUACUUUCGAGCGUUGUGUCGUACUUUUUUAUGAAGCUCUGCUUGACUUGACUGAAAUCAUGCAACAAUUUACGACUCCCAAUCAAAAUCUUGUGAUUGCAUGGAUUUACGAUAUGGUGAAUUUCAUAUGUCAAAAAAACGGUAUUAACGGAACUUUUUUGCAAAAAGAAAAUUUCGUGGAACGUUUACUUAUGGACUUCAUAAAAAGUCAGAACGAAGUGCCCAACGAGGAAAAUAUAUUUUUCCGUGUUUGUCAACGACUUCUGCCGUCAACGGUUCUUCCAAAUAAUGUACAGCCACCUGCCAAAAAGCCUCGCAAACGGCGUACCCCCAACCCGAAAGUAACAAAUCCCAAACCUGCUAAAGAGAAACCACUUCCUGCAUCAACAAGUCCUCCGAAAAAACAGGCGACUAAUAGCAAUGUGAUCCAACCGGUAGGUUUACCUUCAUCGAUUACGACCAUGCCACAAUCUGCGGACAGUGGAGGGGAUUCAAUUGAAAAAUCACCGACUAUUUUCAGUGAUUUCGAUAGGAUACCUUCUCCAAAGUCAUCGCUUCCUGGUAGAAUAAAGCCUCUGUCUCCGCCUCCGUUGCCACCUCCGCUGCCUGCGCCUCCAGCACCACCAGCCACAGCUUCGUCCACUUCACCGGUACCAGAAGAUUCGACUGGAUCGAACCUCGUUGGUGCCGUUAUUCCAGUAAUCUUGUCCCCGUUACCCAAAGAACCUUUUCAACCAACGCAGUCUACGCAUGGCGAUCACUGUCCUGAUGAAUUCUACAAUAUAUACAACAAGCCUCGGCAGAGUUAUCUUCCAUACCCCGGCAACUCCUCUCCUCAAUGGAACGGCUUCGUUAUUAACCAACAUUUAAUAUCACCUACUCACGUACCUCCUACUCACUACUCCGUGCCAAAUAGUUUCUGUGUCCCACCUCCUCCUACGGGACGUUAUCAUCAGCCUGUUGCGCCUCCACCUAACCGGCAGCCUUACAGUACGAGCAAUACCCAUCCGUACAAUAUCGGUCGUGAUUGCAGGGCAAGAUACACAGCACCACCUCCUAGCAGUAUAGUAGCGCGUUCAAUACUCAACCGCAGUACAAAUUUCACACCUUAUUCGAAUCAGACAAGAUCGCAAUUUAAUCGCGUGGCGCAUAAUCAAGUCUGGUAGAGAGAACAUAGUGGAAGGAGCAGUGAUUUUUCUGAUUACUAAAAUUUUCUCUAAGUUUUAUAACAUAUAAUUAAUGACGUUCUAGUAUUAACUGAUUCAUUUAAGUGCGGUGCAAAUCCAUCGAAAUCCAUUAGCAGUUAUUUUAUGAAAAUAUCUGGUCGAAUCUCAUUUUCUAUGAAAAAGAAAUCUUUAAAAAUCGUGUGUUCGAACAUGAUUUGUAGGGUUAGCUUUUGUAUAAGAAUUCAAAACUGAAUUGAAAAGAGCCAAAGAACAAGCUCAAAUGCCAUGAUGAACGUUGACGUUUUUUUUUUUUUUCAGAAGAGAUUAUUACAUACAUUUAAAAAAAUUGAA